CAUGCAUUACAUAGGGUAUUUUUGGACCAUUCAGAUUUUCUAAUGUAUUCAAUCUGUAUGACAAAUAGAACAACUGUGAACUCCUAUAUUUUUGUAUAUAAAUAGAUAAAUGCAUAUUACACAGAUGUGUGUGUGUAUAUAUAUAUAUAUGUAUUAAUAUUUACAUAUUAAUGGCCACUAAAAAGUUGAGUAUCGUCCACUCGGUUUAGCUUUGUCUACUUUUGCUUGAAAUAAAAGUCAGACAGAAAGUGAAACCUGGUCAUUCUUCCUCCCAGCCUCCAUAAAGAGAUGACUGUUUGGGGUUUGUUGGAGAGGGAUGCCAAAAAGAUGACACAUUGUAUGUCAAAAACUGAGCAGCAGUGUGUAUUAGUGUGUGUGUUUGCCACAGCCUGUCGUCAUGGUGGACGGUGCUGCAGUCCUGAAGGGAAUUCACUCACACACAGGCAUUCUGACACAUUACCAGAACAGGCUUGUCCCCAGGGAACAGUCUGAACCAUGGUGACGUUCUGUGAGAGGAACACGUGGUGUCACCUUACACCAGCGGCUGGAUGUCACUAAUUCAAACAUAUUGUGCCUGUGGCUGUGCGUGCAUCUAUGCAUGCAAGUUUCAUUGUCAUGGAAUGGUGGAGUGAGGAGCUGUUUACAGUCACCGGUAAAUUAUUGGACCACAGAGAAGCUCAGACAUGCAGUGGCACUUGUUUCACGUCAUGUGAUCACGUUAGUAAUGUACAGUGUCAUGGAGGGCAGGCGUUUUGGUCUUGUUACGCUCGUGACCACUGCGUCAACAAGACAAUCCCACAUCUUUGGUUUCUUCAUCCAGGAAAGUUAGCAUCUGUCUUAUAUUCUUAACAAAACAGUUCAGUUGUCACUGAAACCUGUCAAAAAAUUGAAUAUAUUUAUUAUCACUGUUUAAAUAUCAGAUGAGGUCAGGACAGGGCAGUACAGGUAUGUGUACCCAUGGUUAAUGAUUAGAGAUUAUUCUUAUUUAGCAAACAUCACUAAUGCUGCUGCUGGCUGUCUGACAGGCAGCCACUUCCUGAGACUGAGCAAAGCAUGGUUUUGAAUUUAAUUAAUCUUUAAACAUUUUAAAGAUGCCAAAAGGCUGUCAGACUCGGCUGGUUGUUUAUGAUGAGUGAAAGUAUGUAAGAAGUUUCUUAAACAGUCAGUUGCCUAAAAUUAUAGACCAAGCUUAAAUGUUUCUGCUGCGGGUCAUUUAAAUACAUGUGUGCAGUCUUAAGUCUUGUCAAUAAUAAUAACAAUAUAUCGCACAGGAGUAUCAGGAACAACUUAGAAAGAUUUAUUCAUUUGGAGAAAAAAAAAAAGAUUUUUGCACAAGGUUAUUGUGUUGAAUUCUCUACAAACCAUAAACUACUAUACCAGUACUUUAAUUGUUAGCAAUUCAAAAAAAAACAAAGCAGGAAUACUGUAGCAGUGAGCAUUACAGAUGAAGCAGUUGGAGUGUAACAGCUAUGGCUUCACAGUGUAAAUAUUUAGUUAUAUUUUUGCACUUGUUUACAUCUGUGUAAGAAAUAAACAGUCACUGCAUAAUUUUGGAACUACUAUUUGAACAUUUUGCAGACGUAAACACAUUUUUCAGACCAGGAAUUCUUUUUUAAAUGACAUUAAAUAUACAGAGAAAAGGUCAGUCAGGGUUAUGUAGUUUUUUAAGAAUGUGGGUUAUUUUAGUUAAUCAUGAUUAAUCGUGAUUAAUUAAAAUGAUGAUUUAUCAUUAUUAAUUGUGAUUCGUCCACAGCUACCUGUGAAUAAUCAGAUUACAAACUCUUACCAUAUGAUAACACAGUUUAGGUUAUGGGUUAGGACAGGCCUUGUUUAUUGGCAAAUGAACAUACUGUUGGUUGUUAGGGUCUCCUCUAAUCUUUGUCUUCUUGUGUUUAUCUCAUGUCUAUGUUUAUCUCCUCCUCCUCCUCCUCCUCUUCCUCCUGGGUAUACAUUGUCGCUCUCUUCUCAUUAGUUUUCCCCGCUGCAUCCUAACGACUGCAUGUCUUCAUUAAAAGACUGUGGUCAGCUCUACUUGAGCUCUCUGUCCAUUACACCAAACUCAAAGCUACUUCAUUAUCUAAGUGGGUGAGCUGCAGCUUCUACCUCCAACACCACUUCACCACAGGGUUAGACUGCCAGGAGCCUCCCCUGUCUCCCAGGUGCAGUCAAUUCAGCUUCCUCUUUAAAUGUGACAUAUACAUCAGAUUUAAUUAAAAAAAUAAGCGUGGUGGCAGUGAUGAAAGUUAAAAGCCCAUUAUCACAAAGGUGUUGUAGACAUGCAGGGACACACACCAUGUGCAGAGACCUGUCCAAGCAAGCCUUUCUGGGUAGGAGAAACUAGGCUAUUGACUGGGAUGGUGUCACAUUUCUCUCCUGCUGCUGCUGCUGCUGCUGCUGCUGCUGCUGCUGCAGACAACCAGAGCUUUACAUUGAUUUCUUUCCGAACCACAACUGCAGACCAACUCUGAGGCUUUCAAGCUCUAAUGACAUAAUGGAUGUGUUGGCCACGGCCAGUGAUUUUAUAGGGUUUGUGUUUUGUGAUGCUGGUGAGGAUUUGCAGGAAAUACUAAUGCUCUCAGGCAUUCUGAACUCCAGGAAUAGCCGGGCUGCUUUGCUGCACUGUUCACAGUGAUUGCUAACGACCGGAGGACGGGUAAUUAUGUCUCAGAACACUUUCAGUCACUGAGUAGUAAAUAGAGCGGUAAAGAGGUAUUUUUAUUGACACUGUUUUAUAGUGUUGUGAUUAUAGUGUGACACGCUGUUUUAGUUCUGUGAUGUAAGAGUUUUGUGUAAACACUGACUUGUUGUGUUUCACUGAAUUUAAUCUAAUUCCAUCUCAGUGGAUGGCCACUAGUAUUUCAGAUUCUUAUCGUAACUUGCUAGUUGUGUCUAAUAAUAACCAGGUGAUUUAAAUAAAUGACACCCAAAGAGGAACAAGAGGAACAAAGGAAGCUUGUUUACAACAUCAGAAAUGUGGAAACUUCUUCAACUAUUUCGACAGGCACCAGCCUCUCACAGUGCUCGUCAGAGCAGUUCAUUCUAACAGUCCAGACAGUCAAUGCCCCCAUCCUGUUUGACCACAUCACUUCCCCCCCGACACUUUGGAAUAUAACAACUGUGGUGAUAGAAAAUGUUCUGACUGCCGGAUUACAAGUCUGUUCAGGCAGAGGAAGGAGACAAAAUACCUUCUGGAUCUGGAAGAUAAUAGAAGAGGUCCCUAUUGAUUCUUCUUCUGCUGCUAUGACAACAAUCAGUCUGACAUGGCGUCACAGGAGGAGAAGGACAAAGAGCCUCCCUCCAAUGGAGGUCAAAAAGACAGCCGUCUGAAGAGUAAGAAGCCGCCCAGUCUUGUCAUAGCCAUCCCUCCACCUGAAGCCACAAUGUCCCACGACGCUGCAAAACAGCCCCUGCGAUCGUCCCUGAAGAAGAGUGAGAGUUUUCAGGUGACCAGUUCUGUGUCAGAGAGCACAAGUGGAGCUGAAGAGAGAGGUUUCUUAACCAGGGACAGAAGAUCAAAAUUAGGUCGACAAACAUCACUGUCACAGAGCAUUCGAAGGAACACAGCCCAGUGGUUCGGUGUGAGUGAAGACUGUGAGACCAAGCAGCAGGUAUGGCAGAGGAAGAGCCUGCGUCACUGCAGCCAGCGCUAUGGCAAACUGAAGCCCCAGUACAGAGAACCCGACACAGCCACCAGCUUCGACCAGGGCCUGGACUCACCAGCCACACAGAAGAUGCCAAAGAUCGUUGAUCCUCUGGCUCGAGGAAGAGCAUUCCGUUGCCCAGAAGAUGCCGACAGUCGCUCCCCCAGGACGCCUCACGCCACCCAGGGCGCUCCCGUCACUCCGGGGGUCAACUCACUCUGCUCUUUCACCAGCCAGCGCUCCGGCUACAGCCGAUUCCCCAGGAGGAAGAGGGAGUCUGUGGCCCGCAUGAGCAUCCGAGCUGCCUCCAACCUGCUGAAGGGUCGCAGUGGUUUGGCCGGAUCACAGACGGGUCGCAGUUUACCCAGGCGGAGCUUUGUCAGACCCAGCUGGAUGGAUGAGGACACUGUUGACUCUGCAGACGCAUCAGAGUCUGUCUUUUUUAGCAAAGGUGACGUCCACGGUGAGCUGUCGUUAAUGACCGACGAUGUGUUUGAAUCUCCACCCAUGUCAGCAUGUCCCUUCGAACAGCCUGAGCAGAAAUUCCCAAUUGCGCAAGAGUCUCGGACUCCGGCAGCAGUGUCUGAGAAGAGCCAUCCUCGCCGUGGACGCCGCAUCGCCUCCCAAGUGAAGCACUUUGCGUUUGACAAACAGAAGCGACAGUAUGGUAUGGGGGUCGUGGGGAAGUGGUUGAACCGGCACUACAGACGCAGCCUGAGCAGCAACGUCCAGAAGCAGCUGGAGGACUUUCACAGCCACAGGCCAUAUUUUACCUACUGGAUUACAUUUGUUCAUAUUGUGAUUACUUUGCUGGCGUGUUGUACGUAUGGUUUCGCCCCUGUGGGAUUUGCACAACAUUCUACGUCUGACCUGGUAUUGAAAAACAAAGGUCUUUAUGAGAGCGUCAAGUUUGUCCAGCAGGAAAACUUCUGGAUUGGUCCUAGUUCUGACGACCUGAUUCAUCUGGGCGCCAAGUUCUCACCGUGCAUCCGUCAGGACAAACAGAUCGUGAAUCUGAUCCAGAGGGCCAAAGACCUGGAGAGAGGCUCUGGCUGCUGUGUGCAGAACGACAACUCUGGAUGUGUGCAGACACACAGCUCUGACUGCUCUGAAACUCUGGCCACGUUUAUUAAGUGGGACAACGAGCUUAUAGACAUCGUCAGGUCUUCUGGUUCGGUCUGUCACCAGGACCCCAGAGUGUGUGAAGAGCCUGCGUCUACUCCACCACAUACCUGGCCCGAUGACAUCACCCAGUGGCCAGUGUGCACGGCUCCCAAGACAUGGAAACAAACAGGUUACAGAAACAUGGACUGUAAAAUCAAGGGGCGGCCCUGUUGUAUAGGAACCAAAGGCAGAUGUGAGAUCACCACACCUGACUACUGCAAGUUUAUGCACGGUUAUUUUCAUGAAGAUGCUACACUCUGCUCCCAGGUCCACUGUCUGGAUGAUGUGUGUGGGUUGCUGCCCUUUCUGAACCCCGACGUUCCAGAUCAGUUUUACCGUCUGUGGCUCUCGCUGUUCCUUCAUGCUGGGCUCUUACACUGUGGCGUGUCAGUGGUUUUCCAGAUGACCAUACUGAGAGACCUGGAGAAACUGGCGGGCUGGGUUCGUAUCUCCAUCAUUUACAUCCUCAGUGGCAUCACUGGAAACCUGGCUUCAGCGCUGUUUCUGCCUUACAGAGCUGAGGUGGGUCCAGCUGGAUCCCAGUUUGGUCUCCUUGCUUGCCUGUUUGUUGAACUGAUUCAAGGCUGGCAGAUGUUGGAGAAACCAUGGAAGGCCUUCUCAAAGCUGGUGGCCAUCGUCCUCUUCCUGUUCCUUUGUGGCCUCCUGCCCUGGAUCGACAACAUCGCCCACAUCUUUGGUUUCCUCAGUGGCUUGUUGCUCUCUUUCGCCUUCCUGCCCUAUGUCACCUUUGGGACCUUUGACACGUACAAAAAACGCAUCCUCAUCGGCGUCUCGUUGCUGUUCUACAUCGGUCUUUUUGCAUCUCUCAUCGUUUGGUUUUAUAUUUAUCCCAUUAACUGGCACUGGCUGGAGCAUCUCACCUGCCUGCCCUUCACAAACAAGUUCUGUGAGAAGUACGACAUUGACCAUGACAUUAAUGACGUGGUGCACUAGUCAUCAGUCCCCAAACCUAAUAAUAUGAUCGCACUGUGAGGGGAACUGACCCACUAGUUUUCAGCAAAUAUCAAGGUUCUGGGCAUUUUUGUUUUUUGUUUUUUGUUGUUGUUUUUUUUCUUCUUUAGCCCCAAAGUUCACUGAUGUUCUCAGAUUAAUCUGCAGAGUUUAACUUCCACAUUGAAAUCAACCUUCAUAGUCCUCAGCUGAACUAAAAGAUGCUUGAAACACAGAACAAGAAUUCAGAAGCUCAAAAGGAAAAGCGAUGGGUCUAAAGGGAAAAAGUGUCAAGAAGCCAAAAGAACACAGGAAAUCAUGGCCACCUCAGGUCGACAAUCACAUCUGACUUCAAGUCUGUGGGAAACGAGAGGUGAUUACCGACUGGUGAUUCUUCCUCCUAGCAACUGGUCCCCAAGUCCUGGAACUUUAGGAGACCAGCGACAAACAGCGGUGGCUGCAGGAGAAGCUGUAACACUACACGACAGGAAUCACUUCAGUGCUGCUGCCACCGUCAACCUGUGUUUCCUGGUGUUUUCUAUCUUUUUAUGAGUGCAUUUGUUCUACCACGGUCACUAUCAGACGAGAGGACAGCUGUGCCACAUAAAACCUGAGUAUUAGCAGAGUGGCAGGAACUGUCCGUGUCACCUGUUAUUUAGGCCAGAUAUCAAUCUAAAAACACUGGUUGCCUUAAAUGGAUCGUUCCACUUGUUUAGAUGCCUCACUGUGUUUUCGUAUACAGCAUGCAAUCAACAAACUUGAGUGACGAUCACACACCAAAGUCAAAUCACGUGAUGCUUUUAGUGCAUGUUGUUUUCACCGUCACUUCCGUUCUUUGUCUAACUGCCACAAACUCUCGGUCAAGCCCUCCUUCAGAUUUUGUUUUCUCAGUAAUAUUGGUGCCUAAAAGUUUCAUGAAAUUUCUUAAAAAAAAAAAACUGCAGACAAGUAUUUAUCUAAACAUGAAUUCUGGGUGAAGAGUGAGUUUUAUAUUGUGUUUAUGACUGUAAAAACAAAUUAUACAUUAAACAAGAUGUUUCCUUCAGCUUAACCUUAAUAUAUUUAUGAAAUUCACUGUCAAAGUUUGAACUUUUCUCACCCAUCAGCACUGUUCUAAAAAAAUUAAAAUAAAAAAAAAGCGAACCAGAGCAGUGUGAUAAACUAUUUUAAAUUGAAUAUUUCUACAGUCAUCAUUUACUCCCAGGUACAGUCCACCCAAGUAUUGGUCUGUGUUGGGUGUCACCAUGUGUUCUGCUCUAGCCCCACCUGAUUCUUUUGUUCUCCAUCCAAAUGCCAUUUAGAUGAAAUGGAGGCAGUUUGUCAACUGGUGUGAAAGACAUCAUCCAGGAAAAGGAUAUAUAAGGAAAUUGGUUAUAUUUAUGUGUUAAGUUUUUUUGUGUUCUAACUUUUCACCUAUACAGACAUACACUAUAUGUAUGUAUGUGUAGAUGUAUAUGUAUUUGUGUGUGUAUAUGUAUGUACACAUAAAUAUACAUACAUAUAUGUAUGUGUAUAUAUGUGUAUAUAUAUAUAUAACUAUAUCUGUAUGUGGAUAUAUACAUAUAAACAUACAGUACCUAAGGUCCGUCUUCACUAUUUUAAGCAGCUGCUUGUUGUGUUUGUUGUCCAUCAGCCACAGUCGAUGGUCUCCUGGUCCAGUGGACCCCUGAUGGUGUAACAGUGUACGUCAUAAGAUUCAUCAGGUUUUUUCCAACACCUCAUGUUUGUUGAUAGAACAUUUCCUUCAGUCUGCCUUGUGUUUGUUUAUGAUAGAGUGUGUUAACACCUGCUUACAGGAAGGCCACGACCGUGACUGUUGUGUGGAGGAUUAUGUUAGUUACUAAGUCAGAUUACGUGUGUUUAGUGUAAGCCACUGAUUAUUCUGUGUUAUUGAAAACACGAGUUAUAAAAAAACAAAUAUAUAACUCUUAAAGUCAAUAUUUUCUCUCUCCACGUUCAGAGUCCACAGUUUCAAGCCGUGGAAGUUUGCUCUCUCACAGUGACUUCCUCCUCUUUUAAACCAAUUAUCGUUUCCUGUGCCUUUUAACAAAUGAACAUGUGAAUGUUUUAACUGAACUGCAGAACUUGCAUGAUGAUGGCAGUUACACUACUCUGUCUGCACUGGGACCAAACGAAGAGGGAAUUUUUAAGAGAAUUUCAGGUCAUGACGAUGGUACCUUUUCUUUACAUGUGUACUGUGUAUGUGCUAAAGCAAUGAGGCUAAAAUAAAUAGCACCUGAGUAAUUUGAAGUGAUGUGUGCAUCCUUGUGAAGAUGUAUAAUUAAAAACAAAAUGUGUGUAUUCAUCCAGUACAUUCACGCACUGGUCAUUUUUUAUGUAUUUUUCACUUUUGCCACAAUAGUAUAAUAAAAUUUAAAAGAAAAAGAAAA